AUUACGUGGUGUUCAAGAACUACAAUAAAAAAUAAUCUGAUAAUACAUGAAAUAAAGCUUAAGUAAAUAUUAAAUUGGGUUAAAAAAGUGCUGCUGAAAAAGUGUUUUAAGUGUGUUAUUAGAGUGCUGUGAAAAACUACUUUCGGAUUUUGAGGUUAGGACAAUAUAUGAUCACAAAAUGAUUAGAAGCCUUUUUCCGACAGUAAUUACUUUAUUGUUGAUAUUUUCGUCGGGAUAUUCUGAAGUUGACGACUCUGAUGAAGUUACAGUAGAGACAGAACAGGAAGAAUCAAACAUUGACAUCCCUUACGAAAGCCCCAGUCCCCUCGACCCUAAAAAAGUCUAUUUCGCUGAACAUUUUGACGAUCCAGACCAGUUUGCAAAACGGUGGAUCAAAUCCCAAGCGAAAAAAGAAGGAAUUUCCGAAGACAUUGCAAAAUACGAUGGAGAGUGGCAAGUCGAAUCGGCCCAAAAAGACAGUCUUGUAGGCGACAAAGGUUUAGUUCUUAAAUCAAAGGCUAAACACGCUGCAAUUGCAUCAUCUCUUCUAAAACCGUUUAUUUUUGAUACUAAACCAUUAAUCGUGCAAUAUGAAGUAAUUUUCCAAGACGGUCAAGAAUGUGGUGGAGCCUACUUAAAGUUACUCACUCAAGAUUCUCCCAGUAAAAACUUGAACAACUUCCACGAUAAAACUCCUUAUUCGAUCAUGUUCGGUCCUGACAAAUGCGGUAACGACCACAAACUUCACUUUAUUUUCAAGCACCGAAAUCCCAUCAACGGCAGCGUAGAGGAAAAACAUUGCAAAAAACCCAAAGACCGCAUUGAGGAAGUCUUUUCUGACAAACUCCCCCACUUGUUCACACUCGUUCUCUAUCCUGAUAACACAUUUGAGAUUUUAAUCGAUAACAAAGUGGUUAAUUCGGGAAGUUUGUUAGAGGAUUUCACACCGGCAGUAAAUCCCCCGAAAGAAAUCGACGAUCCUAAUGACAAGAAACCAGAGGACUGGGAUGAAAGAGAAAAAAUCCCUGAUCCCGAUGCUGUGAAACCUGACGAUUGGGAUGAGGAUGCGCCAGCUCAGAUCGUUGAUGAAUCAGCGGUGAAACCGGAAGGAUGGUUGGAUAAUGAACCAACGCAUAUUUUCGAUCCUGAUGCAAAGAAACCCGAGGAUUGGGAUUCAGAAAUGGACGGAGAGUGGGAACCACCACUUAUCGAUAAUCCCGCUUGCAAGGAUGCUGUCGGCUGUGGACCUUGGGAACCACCACUUAUUAACAAUCCCGAUUAUAAGGGAAUGUGGAGGGCGCCGCUUAUUGAUAAUCCCAAUUACAAAGGAAAAUGGAGGCCGCGGAGGAUACCGAACCCUGAAUUUUUCGAAGAUAAACAUCCCUUCAAAAUGCAGACUGUUACUGCUGUUGGAUUUGAGUUAUGGUCAAUGUCAAAGGACAUUUUCUUCGACAAUAUUAUUAUUACCGACGAUAUUAGCAUUGCAAACCAUUGGGCAGUUGCCACUUUUGAGAAGAAGAAACAAAAGAUCGCUAAGGAUUCGGAAAGCGUAAUUCAGAAAUUAGCUACCUUGACCAAUGAUUAUCCUUGGCUUUGGGGGGUAUACAUUAUCGUAUUAGGCAUACCUGUUGUUUUUGUAUUAUACCUUUGCUGCAAGCCUGGAUCCUCUGCUAGUCAAAAUCAGGAGAAAGAGGAGCUUCGACAAGCAGCGCAAUAUAAAAAGACUGAUGAAACGACUGAAGAUGUUGUAGAAGAAGAAGGUAAAGAAGAAGAAGAAGUAGAGCCUGAAAAUCCAGAGGACGACGAUAGAGAAAAGAAUUCAGGUUCUGAUUCCGAGGAAGAGGAAUCGGAGGAAAAAACAGAGGAUCAAUCACCCAAAGGUACAGGUGAUGGUGCGAGGAAACGAAAAGUUCGUAAGGAGUGAUAGUCACUUUUAUAUAUCUAGCACCAGCACUGUUGUCAUCAUGCAACUCUGCAGUUAUAUUUAUUUAUGAUUGUUUGUUUAUUUGCUGUACAUGAUUCGUUCCAUUUUCGAUUAAUUAGGAAAUUUGUACUUUUUAAAGGUAUAGUUGUAGUUGUUAUGUUUUCGAAUAAAGUAUUUGACAGCGA